UGUUUUAUUAAGUUGGUGAUAUCAAUUUAUCUUUAUUUUGAUGUGUUUAUUUUAAACGCUUUCAAACGUUCCACUUUGGUCCCCGUUUGUCCAUUAUGGCUAAAUUUUGAUUGUAUUUCCAGUAUUCAGUGAAUUCAAAAAAGAAAUGUCUACGGUCGAGAAUGAUGGAGUUGGAUGCUAUGCUGUGUUCCAUGGAUAUUACAACAAAUGCCAAAACGUCAUUUACGUGUCAUUCUGAAGUUAUAAAUCUUAUCGAUGAGGAGAUGGUGGAAAAUGUUUCCAUGCAAAUCGUUAAACCUAAUUUGGAGAUUGGUGUAAGCGACGUGCAUGUAAAGAAGAGGCGGUCAAAAAGUAAUAGGUCAUCAUCUUGUGAUAUUGCUCCAAACUUGGUGAUUGAACCUCCGGAUUGUAGUAGAAAGGGUGCAGAAGUUAUAGAUUUAACUGAAACUGAAGAACCAGUGAAUUAUAAAAACGUUACUACUAGGAGAAGAAGUGGAAGACAUCCCAGAAUUCAAUCAGUUUACGAUGUUUUACAGGAAAUAAAAGAGGAAUGCAUGGAUCUUGUAGAAGUAAGAUGCUCUGAUGGAUCAGAAACUGCUGCUACUGAGAGUUUAUCAACAAAUGUUCCCGUUAGACGCUCCUUACGAAAACGUGUGCAUCCCUUGGAAGUCAAGGUUGAAAGCGAACCAAAGAUGAGAAAACGUAGCAUUGAGCAAUAUUAUUGUGAUAAAAGAGUGAAAAGGCUGCCUUCUACUUUGGAGACGAUAUUUGAAGAGCCAAAGCAACAAAAUAACGAAGAGCAGUUGAUCGGUACAAGAAAGUAUAAGCGGACAGUUCACUUUCAUCAAGAUGUCGCAGUGGGAAGCAAGUUAAAAUUAAGAAAGCGGAUUCUUAAAGCCAAAAAGUUGCCUUCUAGUAAAACAUUUUUGAAUAGAAAAAAAAUUCCCUUAUCUACUGUAAUGCAGAAAUUGUCUAGUUUAGACUCCGACAAUGAAUAAUUUUUAUUUUUAAGUUAUUUGUCUAUUAUAUUGUGUACCUACCAUAUUUUAGAAUAUAUACUUACUUUUAUUUUUCUCACA